AUGUCUAAGAUUAUAUUUUUUAUUUCCAUAAUGCUUCUAAAUUCUUACUUAACGGAAGAAGCAAAAUUAUUCAUGACUAAUAUAUCUGGCAUACAAAUAACUAAAACAUUGAAGGCCGGAGAAAAUAUGGGUCCCAAUUCGGCGGAACAAGAAAAUUUGAUGUUUUUGGGAACAAGAGAAGUUGAAGCCGCCACUAAAUCGAAAAUGCUAUAUAAAACCCGCAGUCACAGGUACUUAAUAGACAACCAGAAGCACAAGGAAUUUGAUGCAAGAAAACGCUGGCCCCAAUGCAAAACAAUUGGUGAAGUCUACAAUGAAGGAAACGCCCUCUUGUCUUGGGCUUAUGCCCACGCCGGGGCUUUCGCAGACAGAAUGUGCAUAGCGACUAAUGGAAGUUACAAUCAACUCCUAUCCACCGAAGAGCUAAUUUCCUGCAGUGGUUUAACAGCUUGUUCAAACGGUUGGCUUUGUAAUCAUACCGUUGUUUGGGAUUAUUUCAAAACUCACGGCUUGGUCUCCGGUGGCAAAUACAACACAAACGAUGGAUGCCAGCCUUCCAGAAUUCCACCAAUUUGUAACAUGCCAACAAAAAUAAACAAUCGCACAUGCGACAAAUACUGUUACGGUAAUGAUACGAUCAGUUACAACCAUGAUCACGUGAAAGUUAGCCACUACUAUAAUAUUAGAUACAACGAUAUUCAAAAUGAAGUGCAAACUUACGGUCCAGUCACAGUAAUGUUUUCACUCUACGACGACUUUUUUCUUUACAAAAAUGGUGUUUACGCACAAACUGAAAAUUCUAAAUGGUUACGAUAUCAAUAUGCCAAGUUGAUUGGAUGGGGAGUUGAAAAUGGUGUAGACUAUUGGUUGUUAGUCAAUACAUGGGGCAAUGAAUGUGGACAGAAUGGACUUUUCAAAAUCAAAAGGGGCACAAAUGAAUGCGCCAUCGAACAGUUUGUGUAUGCGGGUGAACCUAAAAUAAAAUAA